AUGGUAGACGUGCCGCCGUCCGUGACGCAGGGACGCCUGGUGGAGGCCUUUGUACAGCUUUGCCACAAUGCCAAGCCGCUCCCGCCACUCUUCUGGCUGUCCUUCGCCUUUGCUGGACUACAGACGCUUCAGGUGAGUGAGCGUGUGAGUUUGUGGUCGGUGCAUGUGGCCUUGCGCUACAAGCGCUCCGCCCUGCUGGCUGCAGCAAUGCUGGUGGUGCUGCGACGGCAGGUUCCGUCGCUGCGUUUGCAAGAGAAGUACUUUGGCCCUCAAACGAAGGAGGCGAUGAUUGCCUUCUGGAAGCAAAGCUGGAAGGUGCUGCAGGACCUAGCCUCCGCCGCCAAAAGCGCCGUGCUCCACGGCUUCGGAAGCGGCACCGGCGCCCCCGGCGCCGGCGAUGGCGCGCCGCCACGCGUGGCGCCGGGGGAGGUCUUCAGCUCGCCGCGCUCGGGGGCCAGCGAGGGCUGUGUGGUUUCGGAGAUUCAGCAGCCACCGGUCUUUGCCGGUGAGAAGUGA